GCGUGGGCGCAGGCAAAUCUCGGAAAAGCUCGGUCGUUAGACUCUCUCGCGCACGCGCGGGAAGGCUCGGCCGUUAGACUCUCUCGCGCCCGCGACCCGCUCUCCCUCGCCUGCUUCGUGUCACGCUGUCCCACUCGUCGCCCCUCGGAGGAGUCGCCGCCGCCACCCACACACACCACACACCGCCAGGAGUCGGAGACGCAGCGAGGCCGUCGUCACCGCCAUGCCUAAGAAUAAAGGUAAAGGAGGUAAAAAUAGGCGCAGAGGUAAGAAUGAGAAUGAAUCUGAAAAAAGAGAGCUGGUGUUCAAAGAAGAUGGGCAAGAGUAUGCUCAAGUAAUCAAAAUGUUGGGAAAUGGACGAUUAGAAGCGAUGUGUUUUGAUGGUGUAAAGAGGUUAUGUCACAUCAGAGGGAAACUGAGAAAGAAGGUCUGGAUAAAUACCUCAGACAUCAUAUUGGUUGGUCUACGGGACUACCAGGAUAAUAAAGCUGAUGUAAUUUUAAAGUACAAUGCAGAUGAGGCUAGAAGUCUGAAGGCAUAUGGCGAACUUCCAGAACAUGCUAAAAUCAAUGAAACCGAUACAUUUGGUCCUGGAGAUGAUGAUGAAAUCCAGUUUGAUGACAUUGGAGAUGAUGAUGAAGACAUUGAUGAUAUCUAAGUCGAACUCAACCUUUCACAUUCCACUUUCUUUGAGGAUUAUUCAACAAUUUGGAUUUUGGCUGUGACCCGUUAAAGAAUAAAUUUUCAUUAGCAUGAGUGCAGUUUGUUAAAGCAGAAUGAUUUGUUUCUAAGGUAUUUCUUUAAAAACUGGUAAUGCUGAAUACUCUUAAAUGUUAAACCCACUUUGUUCUUUUGAUGUGACGGAGCUUGUGGGUAAAAGACCACAUCUGCUCUUCUAAAAGAGAAAAAAAAUGCAUUACUGCCUUUCCCACUUUGACCACUUCCAGUAAGUAAAUGGAUGUUUUGAAUAAAUCAUUUGCCGUACACGCAUUAUGAUUUAUAAUUAAGCCCUAGUUUUGACUAGCCUGUUUACUGUACAAUGAGUUUUUGUAUGUUCCAGUUACUUAGAUGAAUGUCCCGUUGAGAUUUUGGUACAGUUUAAUGGAGGCAGAAAUCUGCAUUUGAAGUCAAAAAUGAUUGGUCUGGUUUUCAUAUUUAAGUAGCAUGUGACUAUUUUUAUACUAAUUUUGAUAUUGUAUACAUUGUUUUCAUGAUCUUAUUUUGCCACUAUAAACAUCAACAAAAAAGGCGGUUUUUAGAACCUGAGUUUUAAUAGCAGUUUUGAAUUUGUAAAGUUGGUAGUUGCAGAAAUCAAACACUAGAUGGCACCAAGUUAUCUUAACAUUGGAGAUACUGAUACAGUUGUCAACUUUUUUUUUUUAACUUACUGUGCAUAGGAAAUUUCCCAAACAACAAAAGAUUGUUUUGAUCAUAUGCAUGUAUGUAGAAUAUUUUUGCAGAACAAAAAGGUUAUGUUCAAAGUGUCGUUUUAUUUUCAGAAGUCAUAUACGUGUGAGCUACAAUUUUGAGUGCUUUAUAAACACUUAAGUUAUGUGUAAAUGAAAAUUUAAUUUCAUAACAGUUUGUACAAAUUAAGCCUUUGGGAAAGUAUCCCUAAGCUGGGGAAAGAAGAAGGAAUAACAACUUAAUGAAAAGAUGGUCUCUAAUUUCUGAAUGGAAGAACUACAUACAGUGGAGAAAUAUAAUAAAGACAGUCUCAUGCUGCAGAGUAUAUUAUACCCUUACUUUGUGUUUAGGAUGUAUUUUAUUGUGUGUACAGGUGUUUUUUGCUUGUAUUUUAUUGGGAAUUUAGAUUUACCCUUUGUUCGUUUUUCAUUAUCAACUCUAGUAAGAUGAAAUUAAGGGCAGGGCUAGUUAGAGCUAACAAGCCACAUUGAAGUGGUAUGCAACUGUAAAAGAAAUCCUUCAUGUAGCUUGUGAAACUUUUAUUCUACUGGUCUCCAGAGAACGCUUCAGUGUUGAAAAGUAAUACACAGAGGAUUAAACCUUCACAUGGCUUCAGAAAAUAAGCACAUCUUUUUUUUUUUUUUAAUAAGCACAUCUUUGAUCCCAUGCUUAGUAUAAUUUCCUUUCCUAAGUGUGCAAACUCUGGAAUAAAAAUCUGAGGUACUAUAAAACAUUAAAUCAAAAAACAGAAACUAAGAGUGGACAAUUGCAGUUGAUGUUUCUUACUCUAUGGAGUCCCUGAACACUUAAGCUAGGUGGGAUGCGUCUGAGACCGUGGACUGGUUUUUAGUACUCGUACGGAACCAGCCUUGAAGAAUUGACUUAGUGAUCAUCUUUGUCGGUAAUCUAAACCUCCUGAGAUAUUUAGGCUUCUGUACAUAAAAGUGUUUUGGUAAAUUUGUGGUAUAUGUAGAUCUUUCCUCCACAUUGUUUUACCAAGAAUGUUUUGACUCUGCAUCUGUGCUACAGUUCAUGGUAGGGGUGGUGCAACUCAAACAUUAGUUUUUCUAUUUAACCUCCUCUAACAAUAUGGUUUGUCUAAAGAUUCUUACCCCAAUUCAUGUGUUUGCAGGUGACAUUUUUCUUUUCUUGCCUAGGUAGUAACAGCCCAAUCUAGUGCUGUUGUACCCUAGAAAAUCUCAAAUCAUAAUGAUUAAAAUAGUUGGGGUAAACUUGUAGUUCAUAUGCAACACUACUUGGAGGAAUUAUUUUACUAACUUGUCUUUAAUGUGGAAAUUAGUUUCAUUGAUUUGAUUAUAUUUCAAAGGAGGAAUGGAAGUGGUCCUCAAGAAAAAAAAACAUUUUUUGUUGUUAUACUGUUUGAUUCCUAUAAAUACAGUGCUAUAAAGUAUGCCCUGAAAGAAAAUAAAGUCUUUGAAAUCCAAGAAUAA